AGUGCCCACAAGGGACGGGGCUGCCUGGCCGAGAAAGGACUGCUCAGCACGUGAGCGAUAGGAGCCCGGAGACAGAACUACACGUACACAGACCCUCCUUAAGGAAGGCGGUGAGGUGCUUUUUGUUACCAAUGAAACGCAACCAAAUGCUGUGUGCCACACUGCCCAAACCCAGUGGCGGCCACCCGCCCGGCCAGCGGCCCAGCCCCGCCGGUCGUCCCAGCCCAACUGAGCCCGGAACUCCUCUUCCCUCACGGCCACGGACGGCGUGUCUUCCGGCGGGGCGGGACGGGACGGGACGGGACGGGACUCAGCCUUCGCUUGGCUCCGCUGCUCUGUGUCCCCCACGCCUCGCUCUGCCCUGCCCUCCCCUGCCCUCUCCUGCCCUGCUCUCCUCCCCUCCCCUCCCCUCCCCUGGAGGUCUCUCCGAGCGGCGCCGUUGCCGCUGUGUCGCCUCCCGGGCUGCUGCUCCCGGCUCAUCCCGGGACGGCGCUCAGCCCUGUGGGCAGAGACGGAGCCGUCGGUGCCGCUUCCAGGAGAACGGCCGCCUCUUCCCAGCAGAGCAGGCUCCAGUUCAACUUGUGCCUUCCAGGCGUGAUCAUCCCAGGCUGCAGGAGAGCAACAAAUGGCCACAGCACAUCGGUGUCAGGAGCCCGUGAGCUUUGCGGAGGUGGCCGUGUAUUUCAGCAGGGAGGAGUGGGCGCUGCUGGACCCUGCGCAGCGAGCGCUCUACCGGGACGUGAUGCUGGAGACGUACCAGUGCGUGGCCUGGCUGGCUCCUCUUCCAGCCCCCAAACCUGGGCUGAUCUCCCUGCUUGAAGGAGGGGAAGACCCCUGGAUCCCAGAUGUGCGUAGCCCUGAGGCCGUGCCAGGAGACCUGAGCCCAGCAGGAACUGGGAUUACAGAUAUACUGGAGGAUGUGCAGGAAAGUGGUGUGGCCGAAAGGCGGUGGGGUAGUGCCUGUGUGGGAGAAAUCAGAAGGGAUGUCGCAGGAGGCCUGGAGCAAGGUCAGGGUGAGCACAUCAAGAAGGCACUGGGAGAGCGUCUGGAAGAGAAAGGAAGGAGCCCACUGCACUUCAACAUAGGUGAAAAGCAGGCGGAAGGACCCAGGAGCAAGGAUGUGUGUCCGAUGAAAAAGCAGAAUCCAUGCACUGAGUGUGGGAAAAGCUUGGAAAUACCUUCCAGUGUCAUUAACCAUCAGUGCAUGCACGCAACGAAGAGCCUGUACAAGUGCUGUGAGUGUGGGAAGAGCUUCAAACAGAGAGCCAAACUGAAACGCCUCCAAUGCAUCCAUACAGGAUGGAGACCCUACAAGUGCUGUGAGUGUGGGAAGAGCUUUAAAAGGAGUUCCCACCUCACCUGCCACCAACGAAUCCACACAGGAGAGAGACCCUUUCAGUGCUCUGAGUGUGGGAAGGGCUUCAACAGCAGUUACAACCUUACCUGCCACCAACGCAUCCACACAGGAGAGAGACCCUUUAAGUGCUCCGAGUGUGGGAAGGGCUUCAAAAGCAGUUAUGAAUUGAAGGUGCACCAGCGCAUCCACACAGGAGAGAGACCCCACAAGUGCUCUGCUUGUGAGAAGAGCUUCAAAAGCAAUUCUGAAUUGAAGCUGCACCAGCACACCCACACAGAGGAGAGACCUUACAAGUGCUCAGAGUGUGGGAAGAGCUUCAGCAGAAGUUCCCACCUCAACUUCCACCGGCACGUCCACACAAGAGAGAGACCCUUUCAGUGUCCUGCGUGUGAGAAGAGCUUCAAACGCAGUUAUGAAUUGAAGAAGCACCAGUGCAUCCACAGAGGAGAGAGACCCUUUCUGUGCUCUCAGUGUGGAAAGGGCUUCAAAAGGAGUUCCCACCUCACCUGCCAUCAGCACAUCCACACAGGAGAGAGACCCUUUCAGUGUCCCAAGUGUGGGAUGACCUUCAGAAUCUGUUCUGAAUUGAAGUUGCACCAGCGUAUCCACACAGAGGAUAGGCCCUACAAGUGCUCUGAGUGUGGGAAGUGCUUCAAAAGGGGUUCCCAACUCUCCUGCCACCAGCACAUUCACACAGGAGACAGACCUUUUCAGUGUGCUGAGUGUGGGAAGUGCUUCAAAAGGAGUUCCCACCUCACCUGCCACCAUCGCAUCCACACAGGAGAGAGACCCUUUCAGUGCUCUGAGUGUGGGAAGGGCUUCAACAGCAGUUCUGCACUGAAGCGCCACCAGCGCAUCCACAUAGGACAGAGACCCUUUCAGUGUCCGGAUUGUGCAAAGAGCUUUAAACGCAGAUCUCGUCUCAACAUUCACAAGCGCAACCACAAAGCACAACGGCUGUAGAAGCACCCCAAGACUCUGGGAACCUUCAAAAGCAGUUCCAGCCUUGUUAGCGACCGGCACUGCCACAGAAGGUACAGAUCCUGCAGAGCCUCAAACUUGUGAGGAUCUUCAGCCAAAACCCCAGCCUGGUUACGACCUGUGGCUUUGUGUUUUGAACCUUACAAAUCCCUUGAGUAGAGGAAGAGCUCUGCAGCCAAAAUCCUUCUUCUUCUGUGCUGCUCUUCUUUCUCCUCUUUGGAUGCGAAUUCUGCAUGUUGCUCUCUGUCAGCUGCAGUCAAGGUGUUGAGCGGACACUCAAAGGAGAGUCCAGAGUGGGAUGUGUCACAGCCACUGGAAACCCUCUGCCAGGUGGCACGUUUCUGCCAGGGCAGUGUGCAAGGACAGUCACCUCUUAUCUCCCCUGUAGACACUCACCUGCUGUGGGACAACAGGUGAGGACCCAAAGGAAACCUCAGCUGGGCCGAUACGUCGCCAGGAAGGAAGAAAUUCUGUCUGCUGGGAGUGUGGGAAGAGCUUCAUCUGGAGCUCAACCCUCAGUACACUCCAGAGAACCAACGCCGGGGAGAUUCCCUGUGAGUGCCUCGACUGCAGGAAGAGAUCCGUCCAGAGCUGGGAGCUCAUCACACACCAGUGGAUCCACGUGAGGAACCCUACAGAUGUGCAGCCUGCAAGAAGAGCUUUGUCCACAGCUCGAACCUGCUGAGGUAGCAGAGUGUCUGCAGUUGGGUGAAGUCCAGGACAUGCCUGCACCAGUGAGUUCACGUGGCAGGAAGCCUUAGCAAUGCCUCGAGUGUGAGAAGGGCUUUGUGCAGAGCACGAAGCUCCUCCCUCGCAGGAGAUGGCAGUCGUGGCAGAAGUCUACAAACGUCCCAUGUGUGGGAAGAGCUUCAACCACAGCUCCCAGCUGAGCAAGCACCAGGGGAUCCACUCAGGGCAGAGACCAUAGAUGUGCCUGCACUGCAGGAAGAGCUUCAUCCAGAGCUCAGUCCUCGUUAAGCAUUGCCCAGUCCACGUGAGACGGUGGCCCUACAAAUGUCUCUCCUACAGGAAGAGUUUCUCUCAGGGCUGGCACCUCAUUUCUCAUGGGGAAAGCUCCAGGAGAGAGAGCUUGAGGAUGCCCAAGGAUGGGGUAGACCCCUGUGCUUCUCCCCACACAGGAAGAGCUGGCAAAGGAGAUGGCAUCGCUGGCACCCUCUGCAGAAGGGACUUAACCCAGGAGCUUCAGAUGGCCUUUCCUUGCUUCCCAAAGCAGUUCUCUCAGCAUGCCCACGUUCCUCUUCUGCUCUUCCUGCCUGCAGCUUUUUGAUGCCAUUUCCAUAGGAGAAGCAGCUGUGUGGGGAUGUUCUGUGUGUCUGUGUGCGUGUGU